AGAAAAAAAUUAAAUGGCGCACGCGUAAAUUUCUGUGUAUGCUUUCUAUUUGACACAUUGGAUAAAUCCCUUUUGUUUGCGAGUUAUUUAGAUGCCUUCCUUCAAUCAGAUGCAUAUCUAGAGGGUCGUGUUUCAUUGGAUGCUUUUAUUGGCGGUAACAUAGAGCCGAAAUCUUGAUUUUAAAGCGGUGGGGGACGCGAGCUUAAUUUAGGAAACAGCUGAGUGUUUUGGUCGAACUCGUCACCGUAAAUGCCUGUCUUACAAAUUGAAAUCACAGCGUAGUUGAGCUAUCUUAUUACUUCUGCUUUAUUUGGUCGCACGAAGAUUCGGAACUGCUCAAGGAAUCGUAAAAUUAACAAAUGAGCGAGGUGACGACAGAAGUUGGCGGAAAAGACACAAUAACGUGCACUGGUUCGGUCAAAUGGUUCAACCUUAUCAAAGGGUUUGGGUUCAUAACAAGGGAUGAUGGCGGUGAAGAUGUUUUCGUUCAUCAAAGCGCAAUCAAGGCCAGCGGUUACCGCAGUCUGGAGGAAGGCGAGCACGUGCAGCUCACCAUCUCCAAUAGCGACAAAGGCAAGGUUGCUAUCUGCGUGACGUCACCAGGUGGCGGGAAUGUCAAGGGCGCAUCGCGUAAGAACCGAGUAAAAAAAGGCGCACGAAAAUACACUUCGCUUUGUUUCAACUGCAACAAUAGCGGUCAUCGAGUGAGAAAUUGUCCAUACGAAAGGCGAACGAGCAGAAUUUGUCAUAAAUGUGGUUCGAUCGAACACAUGAUAAGAAAAUGUCCACUUAUCUUAGAAAGUGUUGUUGGUACUCUGAGUUCUGAGAAGAAGAAUGAAAGUGAGGAAGAUAAAAACAACAAUACCACUAAAACACUAGAAGAUGAAUUGAAAAGUGGACAACAUAUGGUGAAACCUACGUCGCCAACAGACAGUGUUUCUUUGGUUAAAGAAAACAAUGUCUUACUAAUGUAAAUACCGUAAAUGACCUAAUAAACGCCCCCUAUCUAAA